CAAAUUGCCUUCAAGAACCUUGUUCAGCGAAACCGUCAAGCAGAACAACAGGCAAAUCGACCGCCACCUUCCAAUUCUGUCAUCCAUUUGCCAUUUAUCAUUGUGAACACCAGCAAGAAGACAGUGAUUGACUGCAGUAUUUCAAAUGACAAGUUUGAAUAUCUAUUUAAUUUUGACAAUACUUUUGAAAUCCAUGAUGAUAUAGAAGUACUAAAACGAAUGGGAAUGGCUUGUGGGCUAGAAUCUGGAAGCUGUUCAGCAGAGGACCUAAAAAUUGCAAGGAGUUUGGUUCCUAAAGCUCUGGAACCAUAUGUGACAGAAAUGGCUCAGGGAUCAAUCAGCAGUGUAUAUGUCACAUCUUCAUCAGGUUCUGCAUCAAAUGGCACAAGAUUUUCAGCCAGUGACUUUUCCAAUGGUGGAGAUGGGAUGUUGGCUACAAGUUCCAAUGGAUCUCAGUACAGUGGCUCCAGAGUUGAAACACCAGUUUCUUAUGUUGGGGAUGACGAUGAUGACGACGACGAUUUUAAUGAAAACGAUGAUGACGAUUGAUGCCCUUUGCUUGUAGACUAUUUUUUGUUAAAAUUCAGCAAGCUUCAGGAGUAAAUUGUUCUAGGGAGAAGUGUCUCAAAUUACUUUGCCCCAUCCCUCAAGGAGAAUAUUGGUAAGCAGUUCUGAGUUUAGAAAUUGCACCUCUGAUAAGCAAACAAGGAUUGUUUUACGUAGGAUAUUUUUAAAUGUGGUGUGGAUGUGUGUUUUUGAUACCAGUGUGUUAAUGCAGAGCCUUUAUUUACUCUUGUUUUAGGGGGUUUUGGUUUGUUGGUUGGUUUUUUGUUUGGUUUUUUUUUUUUUUACUUGAAGGAAAAUGGAUUUUGCCCCAUAUGUUCUUGCGAAGUUUGCUAAAGAAAAUGUAGACACAUCAUUGAGAAAUAAAAUGCUAUCCUUCUGUGGAAAAUGAAUACACUGAAUGGCAAUUUAUUUGGAGUGUAUUUUGAUUAUGCCACUUUUUGAGGGAUAGUGAGCUAAUGUAGUAGCGUUUUUGUUAAUCACGCAGUGUCCAAAGAACCAAACAAGAAAGAUACGUCCUACUUUUUUACAUGUUAAAUUCCAGAAAUGUUGUGAAGUUAUUUUCCCUUAAAUUAUAUCUAACAUUAUGAUUCCAUCAAGUUUAUAUACUUUUCACUGUAUGUUGGGACAUAUGAAUUAAAAAGUUUUUGGCAAAUGUUUACUGCCAGUUGGUGCAGCUAUAUAAAAUGUCUUGAAGGUUUGGAAUGAUUUAUUGCUUAUGGUAAAAUUUGCCUGAUUUCUUACAGGCAGACUUUGGAAACUUUUUAUUAUAUAGUUGUUUACAUACUUAUAAGUCUAUCAUAUAAAGACAUGUACUGAAACAAAUGUUUGUAUUUGUUUCAUAAGCAUCUUCCUGUAAUCUAUUAUAAAGUUGAAAUUAAAUAUAGAGAAUGUUUUACGUUUUUUAACUCAAAAUUUGUCAAUCAUUUUUAAUAGUUCAUUUUUAUAAAAGGAAUUUCAGGGCAGGUGGUAGUCUUUUUAAAUUUAUUCACAAACAAUUAACUGCACAAAUACUGUCAGCUGCCUAUUCUAAGACAGUAGUCUUUCUAUUGAAACACAAAUAAACUUUUCUGUAAUAUUUUAUGGAAUAUAAAGAGACUAUAAUUGUUUUACUUGUUUAACCUUGGCACUGUUAGUUUUUAUUAAUAAAACGCGCAUGGGCAUUUUUAA